AUGGCGCUGAGCACGUCAAGGAGUCGGCGACAUGUCCACCACUCCGGAACUCCGAAGAAAGGCGGCGUUACCGUAUCGCACCUGAAGUUGUGCGCACCAGAGGAGGCGAGGACCACGUCCCUGCAGCUCCGCACCUUGUCCUGGGCAUCUCCACUGCCGCGACGCGCGAUGCAAGCGGCGUAG